UUUCUUUCUAUUACACAUUUCAAUAAAAUAUUCGUUUCCCAUUGAGAAUUUUCCUUUGUUGUGGAAAUUAAAACAAUAACUACUCACUCAAUUUCAUCUUUUACGCUCAAAAUGGGUCUUCAAAUUCCACAUGACAACAAGCUUGAAGACGACGACCAACCGAUCUGUACGAACGUCGAUUUAUCCCUUCACAAAACAGAUCCUCAUGAUGUGCUCUUACAUAUUCCGGAGGUUGAUUUUGAUUUCCCCAGUGAUUUGAACAAAUUGUCCUCCCUGUCGGAUAAUAAUGAAUCAUAUGUUGCUCCUCGCUUACACAAAUUAAUUUCAGAACAGGACUUACGCAAGGAUAUUCUACGAAGUUGUUCAUCUUUUUUAGUCUCAAGUGUUGUUUUUAUUGGUCUUCUCUACAAUAUAUGGAGCUGCCUAUUUUCCCACCAAAAACAACAUAUUCACCGCCUUUCCAUAUGGAUGUCCUUGUUGAGCUUGUUUUGUUCUAUGGUGUUUGUUUGUUCUGUGGCUGUAAUAAUUCUCGUUGGUGCAGUAUUCACCCCUAUGCAGAAAGCUAUGCUUAUCGUUUGGCUUGUUUUGAUGCAUCUUCAAUCUGCUAACUCAAUCCUUGAAAUUUGCGUUAUAUUACUCGCUGGAUUUUUUAUGGCGUCGUAUGCUUUUUGGAAAAAGGAAUCACCAAGUGAUGAAAGUGAUUUCAAAUCCUCAAAUAUAUGCUAGCUAAUAAGUUGUCAGCUCAAACAAUAAUAUGAAUAUGCGUGGUUUCUUUUUAAUCCCAGUCUUGUGUUUCUUCUAGAUUUUGUCUUUGUAAUUUGCAGCUCAUCUUAUGAUAAAAUCAGCUCUGUGAUGUGUUGUCUUGGAUUUUACGUUA